AUGGCUUCACCACAACACCAAAUGACUACGGAGAUGCUCCCGGAUGAGCUUUUAUUAAACAUAUUCAUCCGAUUAUCGGCCAAACAGCUUGCUCAAAUGAGGUCUGUCUCCAAAUCUUGGAAUUCUCUCUUAUCUCAAUCCUCCUUUGUGAAAUCCCACCUUCAUCGUUCUUCUCACAACAACGAUCAAAUUCUCUUGGUCUUCUGCCCCACGCUAUGUUCUUCUGACUCUAAACUGUUUAAAGCACACUUACGUCGAUCUCCCCAUCUUGAACUCACUGAGUUCAACACAUUUUUCCCGGUUAACCUUGAAUCUGGUCAUACCACUAGAAUCAAAGUUAUCGGUGCUGUUAACGGCUUAAUAUGCUCUUUUUACUAUCUUCCUGUUCUUCAUAUCUGGAAUCCUUCUCUCUCUGCCAUGUCGACUCUCCCACCAUAUUCUACGCCCUCCUGCCUUCCUUUUGAAAUCUGUUUUCGGUUUGGGUUUGAUCCCAAAACAAAUGAUUACAAAGUUGUUAAGCUCACCAGCAUAGCAAACUAUAUUGGUACUUCUCCAUAUAUCUUGAGAGAGUGGAUGCAAGUUGAGGUUUAUAGUAUGAGGAAAGGUUCCUGGGAGUUGAUCGCUGAAAGGUUUCCAUCGCACAUGACAAUGGUUGACGAUCUCUGUGACGUUUGUGCAGAUGGCCAUGACGGCCAUCUUCAUUGGCAUUGUCAUUGUAUGAGAGGGACGGAUACGGAUACUCCAGCAACGAUAGUGGCAUUUGAUAUGGGUUCAGAGACAUUCCAUGAGAUGCCUCUUCCAGAUUCUAUACUAGAAUACAAAAGCUGUUAUGUUUUAGGAGUUUUGGCCACAAAGCUUUGUGUGAUGACAUGGGAUGAGAAUGAUGCAUUUGAGGUGUGGGUGAUGAAUGAGUAUGGGGUGGCUGAAUCAUGGUCGAAAAGACAUGCCUUUUCACAAUUUGAUGGAUUCACAUCACAUGGUGAGUUUCUUGUUGAAGAUAGGGAUGAACGCCUUGUUUUGUACGAUCCAGUUGCAAACAAGGCUAAAGUUUUGGAUAACUACUGUCUAGGAGAUAUAUAUUUAGAGAAAAUUGUGGAGUACGUCGACAGUCUUGUUUGGGUAGCACCUAGUGAGCAUGAGAUUGUGGAUGGUGCAGGACAAAACGAGAGAUGCCAAGUAUGA